AUGGUUAAAACACCUUUGCAUUUUGCCUGUGCUAAUGGAUAUACAGAUAUUGUUACUUUCUUGGUGGACAACAAAUGCCAACUAGAUAGCUGUGAUGAAGAGAAGAGAUCUCCAUUAAUGGAGGCGGUGGAAUGUCAGCAAGAAUUCUGUGCAAUUUAUCUGCUUGAACAUGGAGCAGAUCCUAAUCUGAAGGACAUAGACAAUAACACUGCCCUCCACUUUGCUGCCUCUUAUUCUAAUAUAUCUCUAGCAAAAUAUCUGCUUGAAAAGAAAGCUGACAUUGAAGGAAAAAAUAAGGAUGCUUGCACACCGUUAAUUGUUGCUGUGGCUGAAAAUAAUCAAGAAAUGGUAGAGUUUCUUCUUCAACGAAACGCAUCUGUGUAUGCCACAGAUAAAUUGGGAAGGUCUGCAGAAUAUUUCUAA